AUGACUAUCACACCUGACACAUCGACUGGAUAUGUGCAUAACCUCACCCCCAGCCAAGAGGCUAAGCUACGUGAGCUGUGGAUUCUGAUUUUUACCUCAGCGGCCUCUGUCCUCUCAGCGGUGUAUGAAGUCCCCCUCCCAGAGGGCUCGCCUAAUAAACUCUUCGAGAUCCUGGACAGAGUCAACGAGCCUACGGUUGAUGCUAUCCUCAAUGCUUUGAAGGAGCAAGACAAUAAUGGAAACCCAUCAGACAGUAAUGGCGUGGCUAAUCAAAGCAAUGGAGAUGGGAACGAGUUGCAUGACGGAGGAAAUAAAGAGCAGGAAUCUCUCGACAAAGUGGACGCUCUCAUGAACAAAGACGCGAAAAAGAACAUCAUGUCGGAGAUUGAAACGAAAAAAGUCACCCCCGCACAUUUCUCAGCGCUCUUCGCACAGCUCCGAAAGACGGGCGUCCACGAAUCAGAAAUUAAAUCCAUGGAGAAGAUCUUGUCCAAAAUGACCCCGGAAGAAAUGUGUUUCUCCAUCCUGAAGAUGAUCAAGCAGGAACAUCCUGAUAGUUUACUGCUUCGAUUCCUGCGAGCUAGAAAGUGGGAUGUUGGCAAGGGUUUCACGAUGAUGGCUACUAAUAUCCUCUGGAGAAGAGAAAUGGAUGUUGACGAUGAUAUUCUCCCCAAGGGGGAAUUGUAUGCUCUUGAACAAUCUCGUGAUGACAAACUUACAGCGAAGCAGAAGAAGGAAGGGCAGGACUUUAUCGAGCAGCUCAAGACUGGGAAGAGUUUCCUGCAUGGAUUUGACAGACAGGGACGACCGGUGAAUUAUGUGCGAGUGAAGAUUCAUAAACCCGGAGCCCAGAGUGAGGAAGUUUUGGAGAGGUACAUUGUGCAUGUCAUUGAGACGACAAGACUUAUUGUGGUUCCUCCGAUUGAAACUGGCACAAUUGUGUUUGACAUGACCGGCUUCUCUUUGUCCAACAUGGAGUAUCAACCCGUCAAGUUCAUCAUCAAAUGCUUCGAAGCCAACUACCCCGAAUCACUGGGCCUACUUCUCAUCCACAACGCGCCCUGGAUUUUCUCCGGAAUCUGGAAACUCAUCCACGGCUGGAUGGACCCCGUUGUCGCCUCAAAAGUCUACUUCACACGCUCAGUCAACGACCUCGACAAAUUCAUCCCGCGCGACCAAAUUCCUCGCGAACUCGCCGGUGACGAAGACUGGGAAUACAAAUAUAUCCAGCCAGAAGAAAACGAAAAUGAGAUCAUGGCAGAUACAGAAACACGCGACUCCCUCAUGUAUGAACGCAUGAUGAUCGGCCUACGAAUGUUCGCUGCUACCGCGGCCUGGAUCUCUGCUACGGAUUAUUCCAAGGACAAAGAGGAUAAGGAGAAGGUUGAAGAGAUAAAGGCACGUCGGAAUGAUAUCAUUGAGGAGUUUAAGCAGAAUUAUUGGAAGUUGGAUCCGUAUAUUAGAGCUAGGGCGUUGAUUGACCGGGAUGGGGUUUUGAAACAGGAUGGAACGGUUGUCGUGCAUGCUAGUUCUAACGGGGAGAGUGAGUCUCAAUGA